UACCGAACGCGUCGCGCAGACACCCGCGCGAGUGAAUUCGAAAGUUUCGCACGUGUGCUCUACGUUUGAACUGUUUCGCGAAUAUGCCACGCGUGUGAUUGAACGUCGAACCUCCCGCAUGGAACGACAGUAACCUGAAGCAGCGCCGUGCCUGGUGUCCGUGCAGCAGGUGGUUCCUUGCUGAGCGCGCAGGGGAUGCGGCCUGGCGAUGCCCUCCCGCCGCCUGCCGCCGCCCCGGCGGCCGCCGCCGGCUCACUCUCGGUCGCAGCUGCGCGCCGUCUUCUCCGCCUGCGACCCACACCGCACCGGAGUCGUCUCGCUGGACCGCCUGCUCGAGCUCGCCAGGGCCUACUGUCCGCCGGACAGCUCGCAGGAGGUGGAGCGCGCCCUGCGGCAGCUGGACCCGGCGGGACGCGGCCUACUCGGCUUCCGGGACUUCUGCGCCGGCGUCUCCGCGCUGCUAGCAGGUGACGAGGGCAGGAUGGUGGAGCCGCCCAGCUUCCUGCUGACUAGCCACGACGACGCCCCGCCCCUCGCCGUCGCGACGCCGCCCGCCUCCACGGACGACGCCGACUCCGCCCUCGGAGGCAGCACCUCGCCGGAGCUCAACGGAAAGAGCCAGUGCUCGAGCCUUUCGGACGGAGAGAGCUUCGAGUGCUACGGCGAGAGCGGUGACAUCGAGCUGGAUGGCGAGGCGCCCCAGGCCAGAGAAGGCCGGCGGAGCCCGCUGGCGCGGCACACGUGGCUGAGGACCAGCCUGCGCAGGCCCAACUCGAGCAGCCACAACGAGAACCUGCCGAAUCGGCGGUGGGGCUCCUUCAGACACACCGGUAGACGGCUUGGAUCCAAUGCGUUGGCAAGCCAGCUGUACCGCAGCUCGAGUUUCAACUCGUCGGGGCGCAGUUCGACCUGCGACACGGGCGACGACAUGUACUCGGACGUCUCGCUAGAAGAGGACGUGAUAGACCUCAACCACAAGGUCCAGAUGCUGCAGCAGCAGGUAAACGUGCUGGCGGACAACCAGACCAACACGGAUGACCGCUACACGCGCGCCAAACAGGACAGCGCCGCCCUCCAGGCCAGGGUCCUGAUGCUAGAGGAGCAAGUCCGUGAGGCAGAGCUGAGGGCGGAGGAGCGGCUGCAGGAGGAGCAGCGGCGGCACCGCGAGCUGAUGGUGCGCGUCGAGCGCGAGAAGCAGCUCCAGGUCGAGAACUGCACGAUCAGGCUGCAGACACUGGAGUUGGAGGCAGCCAGCCUACGUGAGGAGGUGACGCGACUGCGAGCCCAGACGGACCGCCUCCGAAACGAGAAGCAGGACAUGGAGGAGCAGCUGGCUGAGGCACAGUGUGCCAUGUCUGCACUGAGGGAAGAUGCAGAGCGCUUGCAGGAAGCUGAGCGCCGGCUGCGUGAGGAAGCAGCACGCGAGAGCCACGCCAACGCACAGGUUGUUGAGGAACUAAGCCGCGAAUUGGAAGUGCUCAGACAAGAACAGCUUGAGAGGUCAGAGAUGGGAGAUACAUCCAGGAGUCUGAGCCAUUCUCAGCAAGAAGAAGAACUCGCACAGCAGUUGUGUGAACUGCAAGCUGAACUCUCUGUACUGCGACAACAAAAUAAAAGUCUGCAGGAAAGCAAUGAAGAACUGCAGGCUCAGAUGCUGACACGAAGCCUCGAAGAGGGUAGAACCCUUCUCACAAAUGGUGCUGGUGCGGGAAACAGUCUCGCAGCAGAACUGGAAGCCAUGUCGCAGGAUGAGCUAAAUGCUGACGCUUCGGACAACCUCUCUUUAGAACAGAUGAGGACAGCACUGAAAGAGCAGCAGGAAGUCAAUGCACAGCUACGAACAUAUAUUGAUGGAAUAUUGCUGAACAUUGUGGAAAAUUAUCCUCAGCUGCUGGAAGUCAAAACACACUGAAGUUGGAAUGUGGGAAUAGAGAGGAAUGGAAUGCAACUGAAAAUGUGUCAAUGUCAAGUUGUUGUGGUGCAGUUUGUGCUCUCAAGACAAAACAGAAGUAGGUGUUUGCAAGGUGAUAAGGCAUUAAAGUGCUGGAACACCCAGUAUCGAAAGUGAAUAUGUUGAUUUACAAUGUAUAGCAAUUCUUGUUUGAAUAACUGUUGUUUUAUCCUGAAAUCUGCAUUAUGCAAAAUAUCAUGCAUGCAAACAGAUAUACCAGACUAGUGUGUACUGGGUAGAACUUACAUUGAAACACACAUUAUGUAAAGCUAAAUCCCAGGGUCUCACUACUAUGUGCAGGUAAUGAUCAGAUUAAAAUAAACAUUAAUCUGAUACCAUUGCCAUUUUUGUUACUAAGUCUGGCACUGUUAACACAAAUUAUUAUCCAGACUUGCUUAACAAAACAUUAUCAAUAUAAUGCAUAUGAUAGUUCCUUUGAACAAAGGAGGUAGCAGCUACUGAAAAUCUUUUCUGCAGAAUUGUUAUGACAAAGGCAUAUUUUCAAAACAGCCAUGUAGUUGUGGAUAACAGUUAAUGCUUAAAUCAAAAUAAGUGAAUAUUUUGAAAAUGUAAAUAUCUAACAUUUAUGCUGUUUCUUUCCACAUUGUUUUUGUUAAUGUUUGUAAAUGAUUUAAAUGUGUUAAAGUAUUGUUAUAUAGCUAAAAGUAUAUUGGAUCCGUCCGAGAGUGCCUGUAUCAGGCUGUGAAGAAAUGUAAAGUGCAAUGGAAAUGACUGAUUUUAGAUUUGCAAUUCAAGAAAUGUUUGCUACUUAACUUGUUUCACACAAGUGAAUUCUUUCCAGAUAACAUCACUGGAAAUUAGGUCCAAACAGUUAAAAUUGACUGUACUUUGCUACAUGCUAAAAUAUUUUAAGACUCCGUUUGCAUCCUACCACAUAUCUUUGGAGUUACUAUGAAAAAUGUAAUCUUAAAGGUAGUUUUACAGAGAUUAACUCAUUUUUGUCGAGCUGGUAUUGAAUUUGUAUUACGAAUGAAGAGCAUGUUCCUGCACUGGUGUGAUUUGUUGUACAUUUGCUGUUCAACAAUGGUCAAAUCUGUCAUUGUUAAGCUCUUUAAAAAAUAUAUACGCUGAUAACACUGGCAGUGUUGACAAAAUAAACUGAUAUUUGUUUAAAUGUAGUGUGGAUAGAUAAAUCUGUGAAUCUCCUUCAUUCAGUUGAAAUUUUGGUACUUUAAAUGGGAGAUUUAUUUAAGCUGUGAUGAAGGCAUUAUGUAUGAAAGAAUUUGCAGAUUAAUUACUUAUUGCCUGAAUUUUACAAAUCACUAAUUUUUGUGUGUUUAGCCCCCUCCCCCAUUCCAUUUCCCUCUCAAAUAAUGUGCAUCUUUUUCUAUCAUUUCAUAUGUGCAGAUGCUCAUGAUACAUUCAAUGGCUUGUCUUUUGUGUGUAAUUAUGCCGAACUCAAAGGGACUAUUGUAUAUAAAAUGUUAUUUUUGUGUAUUCUGACUGAAAUACAUACAUUGAAGUU